GACCUGCCACUGACUUCCAUCCCUCUGGAUCCAGCAGGCUGUCUGCUGCGCUCCUGAUCCAGCAAGGUGCCCAUUGCCACUCCCGAUCGGGCUAAAGGCUCACCAUUGUUCCUGCAUGGCUAAGUGCCCAGAUGGGAAACGUUCCUCCCAAGGCAAAAAUGCCCCUAAGAUGUAUUCUGGAGAAUUCAGCCCAGUCAGAGUAAUCAAAGCUGUAAAACUACAAAUGGUUCUUCAAAUGGAGCCCCAGAUGCGGUCCAUGACUAAGAUCUACUGCAGACCCCUGGACCAGCCUGCUAGCCCAUGCUUCGAUGUUGAUGACAUCAAAGGCACCCCUCCCAAGGAAAUCUCAACUGCAUGACCCCUACUACGCCCCAAUCAGAAGGAAGCAGUUAGAGCAGUCGUCGGCCAGCCUCCCCUACAGCACUUGGGUUUUCCUGUUGAGAGGGGAGACUGAGAGACAGGACUAGCUGGGUUUCCUAGGCCGGCUAAGAAUCCCUAAGCCUAGCUGGGAAGGUGACCGUAUCCACCUUUAAACAUGGGGCUUGUAACUUAGCUCACACCUGACCAAUCAGGUAGUAAAGAGAGCUCACUAAAAUGCUAAUUAGGCAAAAACAGGAGGUAAAGAAAUAGCUAAUCAUCUAUUGCCUGAGAAUACAGGGGGAGGGACAAUGAUUGGGAUAUCAACCCAGGCAUUCGAGCCGGCAACGGCAACCCCCUUUGGGUCCCCUCCCAUUUUAUGGGAGCUCUGUUUUCACUCUAUUAAAUCUUGCAACUGCAAAAAAAAAAAAAAAAAAAAAAAGCGUUGACAUAAAAAAUUCUUUCAAUCUACAAUUCUAUACCCAGCAGAAAUAUCUUUCUAAAGCAAAGGAGAUAGUGAUGUCAACAAAAAGGCAGACUAGAGAACUCGAAGGAUUGUUCUUCACUUCAGAACAUUGAAAAAACAAGCAGGAACUGUCUGAACAAACUUUGUUGGUGCUCUGGAAAACAACCCAAUGUUAACAGCAACCAAGCAAAUGCCCAAUCAAGAAAAAGACAUCUUGGCUGGGCAUGGUGGCUCAUGCCUGUAAUCCUAGCACUUUGGGAGGCCAAUAUGGGAGGAUCACUUGAGGCCAGGAGUUCAAGAUCAGCCUGGUCAACAUAGUGAGACCCUAUCUCAUUUUAAAAAAGAAAAGAAAAGAAAAAAAAUCUUCAAAGUUGUUGAAAAGUUUCGUAGUGAUUUUAUCUUUGCCCAGCAUGACCCCGCCCCCACCCACUGCUGCAGUGGCAGUCUCAGUCUUGAAACUGCAGAAGCUGGAUUCCCAGUUCUCUCUCUCUCAAAGCAGAGGGGACAGAGCAGAGUUUAUUUACAAAUUAUUAUGUACACCUGUUCUAACCUCUCUACAGGACAUCUGAAGGAUAAACACAAGGUGCUUCUCUCUGUUUUCCCUAACUUGGAAGUCAGGAAGAAAAAUGGUGGGUAUCACUCAUAAAAACUGCAAGGUGACUGCAGACCCAUGGAUGCCUAAGGCAAGAGAUUCUGGGUAGAGACGUACGAUAGACCAUCAAAGGCCUAAAGGAGAAUCUGGGGUGAGAUUUUUUUUGGGAACUUAGGACAUGCAAAAGCAGCAAUGUAUACCAAGGAAUUUAGAAAGCCACAAACACACCCAGGCAAAAUCCAUGCUUAGAAAAGACUUGAGAAGAUACUAAGCAUUCACUUAAGGCUGACCCUAGGCUCAGGGUGAGCCUUGCUAAGUGCUGAAGGUGCGUCCCAGCAUAGAGCUAACUUGCAAAGAUUGGGAGAGGUGGUUGGUUUCUGGUUUUGUUGUUUAUUUUGGGUUUUAUUUGUUUGUUUCAGCUCCAAGUAUUAAAUGAACUCUGUUG